AUGGUAAAGCCAAAGCGUCCCCGCUCUGCUGUAGCAGGCGAUGAGCUUUCGCAAUAUCUUGAUAGUGAUAUAGCGCCUUUAGUGUUUUGGAGGGAGAAUGCCUAUCGUUUCCCAACUCUUGCAGCCCUUGCACGAGAUGUGCUUUCAGUCCCUGCGACUGGUGCUGGUGUUGAACGACUUUUUAAUACUGCCCGAGAUAUCUGUCACUAUCGCCGUGGAAGAUUAAGUGCAACAACUAUCCAGGAGUUAAUGAUGUUUCUUUGUACUUCAAAAUUCGAGAUCGAGGAGGAACAGGCAGUAUUCCUACAGGAAUUCUUUACUCGCGACGAGAUCGAAGCGGCAAAGGAGGAGAAGGAAAUCACAACUGAUACAGUGAACGUCGAUCCGAUUAGUGAUACUGAGGAAGAGGAGGAUAUACAGGUUAUGAUCGAUCAUGAUACUGACCCUCCCCUUCCUUCUAAUAAAGAUAAAAGCACUCAGAUACGUGCUUCUGUAAGAGCUCGGAAACGGAUCAGACAUGACGAGGAUCUAUACCAGUAUUAUUAG